AUGAACGACUGGCAGAACUAUCUCUGUGAGAAUUGCCUAUUCACUAAGCAAGGCCUUGACUUCCUCGGUGUUCAACCCGUCAAAAACUCCAGGUUUUUUCCCCUUGUAAAAGACGCAAAGGAAGCAUCUUUGUCCGAAGAGCUACUAUACGCGCUAACAACGUGCCACUCCGUGGGCUCACUGGAGGAUCGUCUCGUGGGCAAUGAGGUGGAGGUGCGUAUGUUUACGUCCACGGGCUGGGAGCUCAUUGAAAAGGAAGGCGAGCAGCCGACCGGUAAUUUUUACGUAUUCUGCAAGGGCUCCUACGAGCGGAUGCAACAGCUAAGCACGCCUGCUAGCGUACCCGAUGACUACAAGAGCGUAGCAGAUCGUUUGGCGAAGGAGGGGUGCUACGUGUUGGGUCUGUCAUACCGCAAGCUACCUAGCAACUGGACGCAAGAGCAGGUGGUGGAAUUUGCCAACAACCGCGAGGCUGUGGAUGAGAGUUUGUCACUCCUCGGUUUGAUCUUGUUCCGUAACGAAUUGAAGGAAGACACAGCCGACGCCAUCGCAAAGCUUAAAGGCGGUGACAUCCGUACGGUCAUGGUCACGGGUGAUAAUGCAAUGUGCGGCUGCUACAUAGCGCGUCAAAGUGGUAUGCUGUCGUCAGCCUCGCGCGUGAUUUUGGGCGAAAUGGUGUCGACGACGAAGUUGAAGAUGCUGGUGUGGCGUGACGUGGACUCGGACGAGGAGUACGAUUUGUCUACGGUAAAGCACCUGGUCGAGCAAGUUGAGGACGUAGAGUUGGCUGUGACGGGUUCGGCGUUUGAUUACCUCGUGGCUAGGGGCGAGAUCAAGGAACUGUUGCUGAACAUUCGUAUUUUCAGUCGCAUGACACCCGACGGCAAAGUAGAGUGCGUGAAGCUGCAUAUGGAGACAGGGGCAGUGACAGGAAUGUGUGGUGAUGGUGGCAAUGACUGCGGUGCGUUACGUUUCGCUCACGCAGGUGUCGCUCUCAGUGAUGCGGAGGCGUCAGUGGUGUCGCCAUUCACGAGCAGGGAAAAGUCAAUUCAAUCGGUGGUUGAUCUAUGCCGUGAAGGCCGCUGCAGUGUGGCAACAUCUUUCGCAUCUGUAAAGUUUCUCAUCAUUCGGGUGCUCGUACGUCAUUACGCUGUCAAAGCCGCUAGAUGA